AUGAGCACUGAUCACCGCCGUCACUUCACAGUGCCGCCACCAGACACCGGCGAGUCAAAACACAACCCAACGACGCCAUGGAACUGUUACCUAAGAGAACUAUCAAAGCAAAAAAAAUACCAAGAAGCACUAACCGUAUACCGUCACAUGCUCCGUUCAUCCUUCUUCCCCAACACAUUCACCUUCCCCGUCCUCCUCAAAUCCUGCGCCCUCCUCUCUCUCCCCCUCACCGGAUCCCAGCUCCACUCCCACGUCAUCAAAACCGGCUCACAACCCGACCCGUACACCCGGUCUUCUCUCAUCAACAUGUACUCCAAAUCAUCCCUCCCUCACCUCGCUCGCAAAGUCUUCGACGAAGAAUCCAUAAACCUUACCAUCUCUUACAACGCCAUGGUUUCCGGAUAUUCUUCUAACUCCAUGAUGUUCGAAGCCGUUACCCUCUUCCGCAAAAUGCGGCGCGAAGUUAGCUUUUCUGUUAAUUCCGUUACAAUGCUCGGUUUAGUUUCAGGUUUCACGCUCCCUAGUCACUUAACACUUGGCAUGUGCUUACACGCUUGUGGUUUUAAGUUCGGUUUUGAGUCUGAUUUAUCUGUUGCUAAUAGUUUUCUGACAAUGUAUGUAAAGUGUGGCGAAGUGGAACAAGCGCGCCAACUAUUUGAUGAAAUUCCUGUGAAGGAUUUGAUAACGUGGAAUGCUAUGAUUUCUGGCUACGCGCAAAACGGUCAUGCUCGAAGUGUUUUGGAGCUUUAUUUUGAGAUGAAGAAGGGUGGGGUGAAUCCUGAUCCUGUUACGCUUCUUGGUGUUUUGUGUUCUUGUGCGAACCUUGGUGCACAAGGAAUUGGUCGUGAGGUGGAAAGGAAAAUCGAGCAACUUGGAUUUCGCUCGAAUUCUUUUUUAACGAAUGCGUUGAUUAACAUGUAUGCUCGGUGUGGGAAUUUGGUUCGUGCUCGUGAGGUUUUUGAUUGUAUGGAUGAGAGGAACAAGAGUGUUGUGUCUUGGACUGCUAUUAUUGGCGGGUAUGGGAUUCACGGAGAAGGUGAGAUUGCAGUGGAGCUUUUCGAUGCAAUGGUUAGGUCAGGUGUGAGGCCUGAUAGAACGGUUUUCGUAAGCGUUCUUUCGGCUUGUAGUCAUGCUGGAUUAACUGAGAAAGGAUUGAAGUAUUUUGAUGAGAUGGUGGGGAAGUAUGGUUUGCAGCCUGGUCCUGAGCAUUAUUCUUGCUUGGUUGAUCUUUUGGGCAGGGCUGGUAGAUUGAAGGAAGCAAUGGAUCUCAUAGAUUCGAUGAAGGUGAAACCGGAUGGUGCUGUUUGGGGAGCACUUCUUGGUGCUUGCAAGAUUCAUAGAAAUGUAGAACUAGCAGAAGUGGCUUUUCAACAUGUCAUUGAGCUUGAACCUGCAAAUAUAGGUUACUAUGUUUUGCUGUCAAAUGUGUACUCUGAUGCUAAGAACUUAGAUGGGGUUUUGAAAGUUAGAGUAAUGAUGAGGGAUCGAAAGCUUAGAAAGGAUCCCGGUUGUAGCUACGUGGAAUAUAAAGGAAAAAUGCAUCUUUUUUACUCUGGAGAUAAGAGUCAUUCCCAGAUUAAGGAAAUAUAUAGAAUGCUGGAUGAAUUGGAAAGUCUUGUGAAGGAGAUUCAUCAACCGGAUCACAAGUGUCAGAGAAAGAGUGAAGAACCGUUAAUUGGUGCUGGGGUGCACAGUGAAAAAUUAGCACUUGCUUUUGGACUUUUGAACACUAAGCCCGGAACAGAUAUUACUGUCAUGAAGAACCUGAGAGUGUGUGUAGAUUGUCAUGUGUUUUUUAAGUUGGUUAGUAAGAUUGUCAAUCGUCAAUUUAUUGUUAGAGAUACCACUCGCUUUCACCGUUUCAAGAAUGGAGUCUGUUCUUGCAAGGACUAUUGGUAA